GAGGUGGAUUGGGGGGCGUUGCGGCCAGCCUUGCAGGGCCGAGCGGAGGGUGGCCUUCUAGUGGCCUGGAGUUCUGCUCCGUCGCGUACCCGCUGCCUGCGGGUUGGGGGCUCCGAUGGGCACAGCGGUCAGCAUCCUCGCGACGCCACCCAGGUGCAGCCGGAGGUGGGUAACGUGGCAUCUGGACCCGGGGCCCAGCAGUGCGUGCGCCUGCAGCUGUCCCUGGAGUGCGACUCUUGAAGCCAGGAGAUCAGGGUGGGCCUCCAGCAGGCCGCGGAGCUGAGGCCCGGGGCGCCGGGCGGCACGGCGGACCCCUGUGCCCGCCUGAGCCUGUCCCCGGACGCCGGGCGCACGCACGAGCCGAAGGUGCACCGCGGCACGCUGUGCCCCGUGUUCGAGGAGACCUGCUCCUUCCACGUGCCGCCCGCGGAGCUGCCCGGCCCGCCCUGCGAGUGCUGCUCCUGGACCACAGGUGCCUCUCCCAGCACCGGCCGCGGGGCGCUCAGCCUGCCGCGGGGCUCCGUGGAUCUGCAGCGCCUGCUGGAGCUCUGGCGCCCGCUGGGCCCGCCCGCCCCGGGCUCCCGCCCCCCGCCCGGCUCCUCGUGCUGCGGGGGCGCUGAGGCCCUCUCCUGCUGCCUGCUGCCUGAGCAGACCGCGGAGCUGGGCUUCUCACUGAGCCGCGUGCCCGGCUCGGGCCGGCUGACUGUGGUCGCGCUGGAGGCCCGAGGCCCGAGACCGGUGCUGGCAGGCGAGCACUGGACCCGCCCCUCCACGUGGACAGAGGAAACCCAGGCCCCAGCCCUCAGACCUGGGAGGCCCCCGACCCCUUCUGUGCGCCCAGACCCCUACGUGAAGGUCCAGCCCAUGCUGAACCAGAGGAAGUGGAAGAAGAGAAAGACGUCGGCCAGGAAGGGCACGGCCGCCCCUUACUUCAACCAGGCCUUCACCUUCCUUGUGCCCUUCAGCCAGAUCCAGGGCGUGGAUCUGGUGCUGCCGUGGGCAGAGCCUGUCGGCAAGGUGCUGCUGGGCUCCCGGGCCUCUGGGCAGCCCCUCCAGCACUGGGCGGACAUGCUGGCCCAGGCCCGGUGGCCCGUCUCCCAGUGGCGCCGCCUGCAGCCGGCCAGGGAGAUGGACCGGGCCCUGGCCUUGCAGUCCCACUGGCGUCUGCCCUUGCCCAGCUUCUGAGGCUGUCCCUGGGCCUGGGUCUCCCUGCGGGUUGCCCCGGGUCCCGCUGUAAUAAAUGCCUUCCCCCCACA